UGAAGUUCAAACUUCAAACGGCUAUCCGUCCGACCCAUCCUUCUAUAUCCGUCGGCGCUCAAAAAAUUAACCAACAUUCCGCCCACGCCUUCAUUUUCAUACUCUGAGAAAUCUUCAGAGAAAUUAAGGAAGAGUUAGAAGAAGCAGGGGAGGAGGAAAAAGGAAUUCCUUUUUCGGUAUUUUCUCCCAAAUGGGUGCUUCAGGGAAAUGGCUCAAGUCUUUGAUCGGUAGCAAGAAACGUGAAAAAGAGGAACUGCAGGAGAAGCAGGGGAACAGAGGGAGUCGGAAAUGGAUGAUUUGGAAGAACCGGACUCCCUCCUCAAGGGCGCCCUCUGAGGCGUCCGAUUGCUCGCCUACCAUGGCCGAAGACGUUUACAAUGCAGUGAUCGCAACCAUCGCUCGUGCACCGGCCAAGGAUUUUAGGGUGGUGAGAGAAGAGUGGGCAGCAAUUCGCAUACAGACUGCAUUUCGGGGGUUUCUGGCUAGAAGGGCCUUCAGAGCACUGAGGGCUGUUGUUCGCCUCCAAGCAAUUUUCAGAGGCCGUCGAGUGAGGAAGCAAGCAGCAGUCACUCUGAGGUGCAUGCAAGCACUUGUUAGGGUACAAGCACGCAUAAGGGCGAGGCACGUUAGGAUGUCAUCCGAAGGACAGGCCAUACAAAAGAUGUUGGAUGAACACCGCACAGAAAGCAAUCCGUUGAAACAAGCAGAGGAAGGAUGGUGUGACAGACAGGGAACCCUUGCGGAAGUCAAAGCAAGGCUACACAUGAGGCAACAGGGGGCCGUCAAGAGGGAAAGGACUCUUGCUUACUCGCAGUCGUGGAGAUCAAAUUCCAAUUCCAUUACAAAUGCUAAAAUGAAUUGUAAAUCAAAUUUAUCACUGUGCAACCUUCAAUACGAACCUGACAAAGGGAUAUCGGAAUGGAGUUGGCUAGAACGUUGGAUGGCUGCUAAGCCAUGGGAAAGCAGGCUAAUGGAACAGUGCCCUGCGGAUUCUGUUGAUACCCCUCGCUCUAGGAGCUACAUUGAUCAGUCUGGAGCACUGUUGAAGCAUGAUGAUGAAAGCAAAGAGGAUCUUGAAAAACAGAAGCUUCACAUGGAAAAGCUUACAAAGCAAAGUGAGCCUCUAUCAGUUGUUGUUCAAAAGAACAAUAUGACUACUAGGAUUUCGGCUAGACCUCCAGCUGCUUUAUCCAAUGGGCACCGCUCAAGCGCUCGGCCUUUAUCUAGUCCAAGGUCUGAACUCCAAUAUGAUGAAAGCUCUGCUUCUUCACCAGCAACCACAUCUACUCCCAUUUCAGGUAACACUGCCGCAGGGUCAGAAGAAAGCAGCAUUAAUAGGCCUAGUUACAUGAAUUUGACAGAAUCGAUGAAAGCAAAGCAGAAGUCAUGCUCUAAUCGUACACGAAGACAGGGCUCUGAGGAUUUUCAGCAAUAUAAGAAAUCUUUUCUUUCUGUGGAUGGAGAUUCAACAAAUAUUGGCUGGUCCUAGAACCUGAUGAAGCAAACUAAAGGGAUUCGUUUGAGUUGUGGAUAGUGGUUGUGUUUCUCGUGAUGUGUGAUUUUUGUUUGUCUCAAAAUUCAACAGCUUGUUGUCCUGUACUACAGUUGGUUGUCGUGAGAGCUGUGUUGUUUUUAAAUUUUAGUAGGAAUGGCAGCUUCUUGAAAGCAUACCUGAACGUUGGCUUACAAAAUGCAGUUUCUGUUAAUAUUUUUUCUGGAAGAUAAAUGCAAUAUUUUAUGCUUCUCA